CAGUGACAGGGAAAGGCAUGCCUCCGCUGGCGCUGCCUCUGCUGCUCGCAGCGGUCGCCGUGGCCGUGUGGCUCUGGGGGCAGCUGCGGCGCCCUCCGGGAUACCCGCCAGGUCCAACAUGGCUUCCAGUGUUUGGCAACUACCUGCAAGUCCGUCGGCUGACCAAGAAACUCGGAUCGCAACAGGAGGCGUUCGCACACCUCGCCGAGCAGUACGGGUCGCCCAUGAUCGGUUUACAUCUGGGCGGCAACCUGACCGUCGUCGUCUCCACCAGUAGCCUCAUACGCGAGGUGCUCACACGGCCCGAAUUUGAAGGACGGCCCCAGAACUUCUUCACGUAUCUGCGCACUCUGAAGCUGCGAAAAGGUGUAGGGAUGGUGGACGGCAAGCUGUGGCAGGAGCAGCGCGCCUUCGUGAUGAGACACCUGCGCUCUCUGGGCUUCAGCGGGCCAGCCAUGCAGGCUCAGGUGGAACAGGAGGUGCGCGCCCUGCUGGAAGAACUGAGUGACAGCCGUGGGAGGCCGACGCAGCUCAAGCAGCUGUUGCCACUCUCCGUGCUCAACGUCAUUUUCCACUUCUGCGCUGGCUACCGCUUCCCGCGCGGUGACCAGCUGCUGCAGACGCUGUUGGACCUGCAGGACGUGCGUUCGCGCGCCUUCGACAUGACUGGAGGCAAACUCAGCGCCAUGCCGUGGCUGCGCUUCAUCCAGCCCGAGGCAACGGGCUACAACGCGAUCACCAAGUUCAACGAGAUAACAAGCGCCUUUUGUAUGAAACUUAUCGAAGACCACAAGGCUACAUAUUUUCCAGGGAAGAAGAGAGAUCUCAUAGAUGCAUAUUUGUAUGAAAUUGCAAAACCAGAAGAUGCCCAAGAGGAUAACACAACAUUUACGGAGGAUCAGCUUCUCAUGGUGUUAUACGACAUGUUAGUUGCUGGCUUGGAAGAAACAAGCAGCGCUCUUCAAUUUGCUUUUCUUAUGAUGUUACGGCAUCCCGAUGUCCAAGAACGAGUGCACAAUGAGAUAAAAGAAGCAGUUGGUACUGACAGACCUCCAACACUCGAAGACAAAGACAGGUUGGUUUACACCAGAGCUGCCCUAAUAGAGUCACAGAGAAUGUCUUACGUGUUACCGAUACGUGGAUUUCGGCGGGUUCUCGAAGACACCACGCUACACGGCUAUAGACUCCCAGUGCAGAAUACAACUGUACUGGUAAACAACUGGUCACUGCAUAUGGACAAAGAACACUGGGGUGAUCCUGAAGUUUAUCGACCAGAACGUUUCAUUAAUGAAACUGGACUACUUAGAGAGGAUGAUGCAUUCUUACCUUUUGGUCUGGGUCGACAUCGAUGUUUGGGGGAGCAUUUUGCAAAAUGUUGUUUAUUUCAAAUUUUUGCUGGAAUCUUGCAGAAAUUUCAACUUGUUCCUGCUGAUGGUACUGACCUGAAGUCUACUACUUUUGGGGGAUUUAAUCUUGCACCAAAACCUUAUGACAUCAUUUUCAAAUCUCGAUAACAUUGCAAAACCAUACAAAUAUAAUUGUUUUCUUUAUUGUAGUAACAACUGAAACCCAAUAGAUGAAUACAUUUUA